AUGACCUCCUGCGUCUUAGCGGGGAGCGUUGAGACCACACCCAAGGUCUCUCCUGGAGAUUCUGAAGCCAAACCUCUGAUCUUCACCUUUGUCCCCACGCUCAGAAGACUACCAACCCACAUUCAGUUGGCUGACACUUCUAAAUUCCUUGUUAAAAUUCCUGAGGAACCAAGUGAUAAGAGUCCAGAAACUGUAAAUAGGUUUGAGUACAGUGACCAUAUGACCUUCGGCUGUGAGAGAAAACAGGAGAGGGACCAGAGGACACUGGCCUAUCCCACAGAAGUCAGUGGAAGGAAUUCACAAAGAAAGGAAUUUGAUACAAAGGAGCCUCAAGGAAUGCAGAAAAGUGAUCUUUUCAAGGCAGAAUAUGUUUUUAUUGAGGAUUCUGAUGGGGAAGAUGAAUCUGCAAACAAACAAGGUGAACGAGGUCCUGCAGGAGGAACAGGCAACAUGGCUACUCGGCCCAAGUCUCUGGCUAUUUCUUCCAGUCUGGCUUCUGACGUGGUACGUCCGAAAAUACGAGGGGUUGAUCCCAAGGCCUCCUCACAUGCUGAAAUUCCUCAUGGGAUGGCCCCUCCACAAAAGCAUGGACAGAAAACGCCACCUGUCCCAGCUAACGUCAGCAUCAGCGGAGCCUCUGUGCUAGAGGAAUUUCACACUCGCAGGCUGGAUGUCACUGGGGCCUCGGUGGAAGAAACAGCUACGUAUUUUCACAGCACUGCUCACGAGUCCCCCCUUUCUGCACGGAAAGGCACUUCGACCUUAGUGUUUUCUCCUUCCACUCAACUGCCAGGUUCUAGUUCACGCGGCUCGCAUGUCGCUGAUCACCCACGUGGGCUGGCCUCUGAAGCACAGAAGCACAUGUCGACUUCGCAUGUCCUUAAUCCCAGGGAAGAUGUGAGAACCUCCCCUUCACCUGCCUCUGGUGCUUCCCCGAAGUCACCUUCAGCAUCCUACAUACCUGUCCGAAUUGUCAUGCACUCACUGUCUCCAAGUCCCAAACCGCUUACCUCCUCCCCCCACGGCUCUUUAUCUACUGUCUGUAGCCAGAUGUCAUCCAGUGGAAGCCUUUCAAAGUCUGGGCUCAAGUCCCCUGUACCCUCUCGGCUUUCUCUGCUCACUGCUAUCCUCAAGUCAAACCCUUCUCACCGAAGGCCGUUGUCCCCUGCAUCCUGCCCAACCUUCUCCCUCAGUUCCCUGGCUUCUUCCACUCUUACACUUGAUCAGAAAGUAAAGCAAACUCCGUCCACACCUAAGAAAUCCCUCUCGAGUUGCUCCUUGACAGCUGGGUCUGCAGAGCAGAGAGAACACCAAGCUCCCGAAGAGACCCACAAAUCCCUCCACCUCCCCUUCUUUCCCAAGCCUACCCCGUUUUCUCAGGUGCACCCCCUCGCCCCGCCAGCACCUGCCAGUAGCAGCUGUGCUUCUGCGGAUGUAGAGAAGAUUCCAGGAGGCUCUCUGAGGAGCAGUGCAACUCUCCCCCAGUUACAGACUGAGACAGUCAGCCUUGCUGAUGUUCCUUCUGUCGCAUCAGGCUCGUCCUCUUUUUCUUCUUCCAAGGGCGGAACGGAUGGUGACCUCAGGGGUCCAGCAAAGAACAGGGAUAUUUACACACAGCCUUCUACCUUGUUAUCCUCUGCACCGCCUGUUACUGAGAGCACUGUCCUUUCCUCUCCAGAGAAAUGUUUCCACCCUUCCCCAGCCCUCUCAGACCUCAUAGACAGAUCCAAAAGAACAUGCUUUUCACAACACUCAGGCCAGCAGCAGAGCCUUUCAGUUCCUCCUACUCCUCCCAUCUCCAGUGCUGGCUCUGCUUCCCCUACCAACUCGGGGUUCUCCGUUCUCCCUCCUGAGAGUUCACCCACCCAGGUACUCCAGCCUAGGCCCUCAUCACUGUACCCAAGUUGUGGGAGUGGUACAUGUCCUUCAAGAACUGGGAUGCCUGAAAAUACAACAUCCAACCACAGCUCACUUGUUCCAACCCCAUCACUUCCUGUCUCUCUAACAAGAACCAAGGAGCUGAUGUCACCUUGUGCCCUGUCCAUGUCAACAGGCCCUGAAAAUAAGAAGCCUAAGCAAUACAAGACCACGUCAAGCUACAAGGCUUUUGCAGCAAUCCCUACAAACACAUUGCUCUUGGAACAGAAGGCACUAGAUGAACCAGCCAGGACUGACGGCAGCUCCAAGCCCAGUGUACUAGACCUACCAGUGGAGCAUUCUUCUGAUUCUCCUUCACGGCCCCCACAGGCAAUGUUGGGUUCUGAAACAAUCAAAACUCCUACAACUCAUCCAAGAGCCGCUGGCCGAGAAACCAAAUAUGCAAACCUUUCGUCAUCAUCGUCUACAGUGUCUGAGAGUCAACUGACUAAACCUGGAGUGAUUCGCCCAGUACCUGUGAGAUCCAAACUGUUACUGAGGAAGGAGGAAGAAGUUUAUGAACCCAACCCUUUCAGCAAAUACCUUGAAGAUAACAGCGGCCUGCUCUCUGAACAGUAAUGAAGUUGGAGCAGAAGUGGGAACCAGUCUGCUGAAGAGUUUUGGAACGCCAGUGCUUGAUAGAUUUAGCUCAUGCUUUUUUGGAAUGAGUGCUGGGUUGAUAAGCUCAGCCCAGCGGGAGCAGUGGGAAGGUCUGCAGCAGCCACAUAGCAUUAGCACACUCCACAAAGGCCAGAGCAAGAUGAUAGACCUGUAGCUUCUUGCAUUGUGGGUCAGGCCUAUAAUCCCUACUAUUAUGUUGACAGCAAUACUAACGCUCCCUAUAUUUAGCAGCCAAAUAAAGAACUA